AUGCCCCUUCCUCUGCCUGGGAGCCCUGAUCCUCGUGUCUGCACUGCUUUCUGGCUCUUUGGCUUGAUUAACAACGUCCUCUAUGUUAUCAUACUCUCGGCCGCGCUUGAUCUCGUUGGCUCCGGUUUUCCAAAAGGCGUGGUACUCCUGGCGGACGUCGUACCGUCCUUUGCGACGAAAUUGACCGCCCCUUAUUUCAUCCAUCUCAUUCCAUAUUCGGCAAGGGUCAUAAUUCUCGUGGGGCUGUCUGUUCUCGGGAUGCUUAUUAUAUCCCUGACACCUGCCCACACCGAUGGCGGAUCGAUUGCAACCAAGCUAGCAGGCGUAGUCCUCGCGAGUCUUUCGAGUGGCGCUGGGGAACUUAGCUUUCUCGGCCUGACACACUUCUAUGGCAGAUUCAGUCUUGCAGCUUGGGGCAGUGGGACCGGCGCAGCAGGACUGGUUGGUGCCGGAGCCUAUGCUAUCGCUACAACUUCCUUCGGCCUAAGCGUGAAGGCUACAUUGCUAGGGUCGGCUUGUUUGCCGGUUAUCAUGCUUGUGAGCUUCUUUGUAGUCCUGCCCCUGGGCCCACUGCGUCAUCUAUCUCGCGAGGCAUCUGAAUACCAAGCCAUUGCCGACGAAAGUAACGACUUCGAAGAGGAGGCCGAGGCGCGCCAGGUAGAUCACGAGCAUGACAUCAAUGAACGAGAUGGCUUGUUAGAUCCUCCGAGGAAUUCCAGGUCGUAUGCGAAGGCUAUUGUGGCCAGCAGAUCUUCUGAUAAAUGGGCCUUGUUCCGGGAGAAUCUGAACCGCUCCAAACGACUUUUUAUUCCAUUCAUGGUCCCCCUUCUUCUAGUCUAUAUUGCGGAAUAUACCAUUAACCAGGGUGUUACACCCACCCUCCUCUUUCCAUUGGAAGAGACACCAUUCGAGCAAUAUCGAGCAUUUUACCCAACAUACAACGCAAUCUACCAAAUGGGAGUUUUCAUCUCACGGUCCUCCACCCCAUUCUUCCGCAUCCAUAACCUAUAUCUUCCAUCCUUCUUACAAGUCGCCAACCUAACGUUUUUAACUCUUCACGCUCUAUUCAACUUUAUCCCCAAUGUAUACCUCAUCUUUGUAGUUAUAUUCUGGGAAGGGCUACUUGGUGGUUUGGUCUACGUGAAUACUUUUGCGGAGAUUACCGAUCGUGUUCCACCUGCUGAACGAGAAUUCUCCCUGGCUGCGACUACUUUAGUUGAAAUUGAUAUCCUGACAACGACCCCUGUCCCUGAGAUUCUAGCCCUAGUAACAUCUACAGUCAAGGCGGGGAAGACACCGGAAACAGCGGCACACUGUACCGUCCGAAAAGCCGAGCUAUACUUAGAUGUAAAUCAUAAAAGCGAAUCCUAA